GGAUUUCGUUGGAGUGUGUGUGAUCGAAGAGGCCCGAGGGGCGCCGAACGUUUUCACUCCAGGGCAGGUUGCUUCACGCUUUUGUCGAUUCUGUGAUGUUUGAUGUGGGGAAUUACUGCAGUGCAGUUGCCCACAACUUAUCUGAUCAGAGGCUGUUGGUUAAUUUUGUCAAGAGGUUUCUUCCCUCAACUUCUCCCUAUCACUCGGUCCUCUCUGUCUAGCGCUUCUUCGCUACCUCUGAUUCUAUAAUCAUAAGGCACCAUGGCAGCAGCCGCGCAGUCCCAAGCCCCUGCCCCUGCAGAGAGCAUGGACUUAGACAAGCCUCAUCACAGUGGCCAAUCCCAAACCCCCCAGCCCCCUGUCGCAAACCCCCUGGAGGAACAAGACCAGAGCUCCGCAGAGCAGGCAAGCACAUCGGGCCGGCCCCAGCAGCCGGGAGGCAGCCUCGACGAGUGCCUCGCUCUUCUCCGGGGGGGGUCCGACGAACAGCGCCUAGUGGGCCUCCUCCUUGCCACCCGCUUCGUCUCUGCAGGCGACUUGGCUGCCGUCGAAGCGGUGUUUGAUGCAGUUGGAUGGGCCUUCAUCGGGCGCCUUUUCCGGACCGGGGGAGGCCAGCCGCUGAGCCCGUACGCUGCUUUGGCCCUCAGUCUAGUUAGCGCCUUUGUCAGAGUCCCCCGGCUGGCUGCCGCAACUGAGGCCAUUGAGCGGGUGCCGUUGUUCCUGGGGGUCGUGAGGGGGGGGGCGGAUGCAGGCCCUGUCCAGGACGCGCUCGAGUGCUUGCUCGCGGUUGCGAGCGCCUCUGACGAGGGCCUAAGAGUGGAGCUCGAGUCGGGGGGGGUGGCCGCGGUGUGCCAGUGCCUUGGGCGUUUCACUGGGGGAGAAGAAGCGUGGUUUUUAGACGGCGUGAGAUUGCUCGGGACGCUGCUUAGCGGGGGGGCGGGCAAGGAGAGCUUUGUGCAGGGGGGGGAGGUUGCGGUGCCCGUUCUGGCUCAGGAAUUUGCGGCGCGAACGGACAUGCUGGUGUUUGAGUGCUUGGGGUGUCUCGUGGGCGUGCUGAGUCACCAGCAGGGGGUCCCCGAGACAGGGAAGUGGGAGGACGACGUCCGAAGAGGAGUCCAGAACCUACUUCAAAGCAAAAACGUAAAGGCGGAGCACAGGCUGGGGGCGCUGGAACUAGCACGUCUGAUGGUGGAGGCAAAAGGCGAGAACUGGCUGUUGGGGAGCAUGGGUAAUGAAGGGCAGUCAAAGAUGAAGGGGGACAACUUUCUGCUGGUUCUGCUGAACACCGUACGGGUCGAGGUCGCGGUCCAGCUCAACGAAGUGGCGCGCGCGCUGUUUGGCGAGAAGGGGACUGGGGUCGUCGCGCCAGCAUUGGCGGAGGCCGUCACCAGCUGCUACGCCCUGCUCGAGGCGGGUGUGAACGCGCUCGCCGAGGCGGCCGCUGCUGACGUCAGCACGGUCACACGCACCACCGGCAAGGGAUCCCCCAAACCUCAACUGAGUGCUGACACGGCCCAGAAGGCGUUCGGGGCCGCCAGCGAGGCGGCAGCCGUCGUGAUCGACUUACUGGAGCAGGCAAAGGAGCACGGCCGGAAUUCGGACGAUUUUGUGCUCGCAAGUGUCCGAGUGCUCGGACGGUUCCUGGCGGAGGCGCCCGAGGCGCACCGGGAAAAGGUGGCCGGGAUGCUGGGGUUCUUGCUCGGAGUAAAGGGUUCGGACGAUUCGGACGGAGGUCAAAGUGGUUCGGACACGGGUAGACGAGGCCCCUAUCUGGGCGGGGUGUGGUGCUUGCUGCCUGCGCUUGGGCAGAUAUCGGAAGACGUUGAGUGGUGCAAGAUAAUGGUCCGGGAGAAGGCGCACCGGGCCGUUGGGGAGUUCGCACGGGACGCGAUUGCGGCGCAACGUGGCCAGCCCGCUCCGGCCUCGAGCUCGCACGACAUGGAUCUAGAAGGGGGAGAGAAUCUUGCGGAGGAUCCGGCAGACGGGAUGAUUGCGCGCGCCCUCGAUGUCGUCCUCAACGUGCUGGACCAGCAGGCGGCCGGCGGGGCCAAGGUCCGCUUUGCUGACGUCAGCACCGUCCUGCCGGCUCUGCUGACGUGGAUUCGCGCGGCGCCAGAAAGCCCCCUGCGGCUGGCGCUCUCUUCCGCCGUCAUUAGCAACGCACUCCUACUCGCUGACGAAAAGACGCUCGGGGAGCGUGGUCUCGAUCUAGGGGGGCUGCUCGACGCGGUCGUGCGGUUUCUGGACGAGAGCUUUGCUGCGCUCAAGCGGGAUGGCACGGUUUUCGACCAGGAGCUAUGGGAGAUAACCCUAGCGGCGGCUGCGGACCUCCUGGAGAAGUUCCCAGGGUUUGAGAGCCGGGUGACGAGCUCCCGGUGGAUGCAGGAGGUGGGCGGGGACCAGCUCUCCCGGGCGACGAUGGAGCACUACUCCGGGCACGGGGCCCUGCUGAACUUCCUCGCGGCAGCGGCCGAGAGGGAGGAGCGUGGGCCUUCAUGA